CACGUGGUCCAGCACGCCCCCUUCGUCUUAAUCGCCAGUGAACUUUAUUUUGCCGAAUUUUGAUAUAAACUGUUUCUCCUGCAAACCUAAAGGACACAGCAUAUCACCGUCAGGUGCAGGCAUGUCUUCAGAGACGAAGAAGGACAGCUAUGCCGGUUUCCAGCCACUCCUCAAGUCAUUCGCCACAAAUGCGAUCCACGUUGGUUCAGAGCCCGAGCAGUGGAGCUCUAUGGCCGUAGUGCCUCCUAUUUCACUGGCCACCACCUUUAAACAGCACGGCCCCGGAAAACAUGAGGGAUAUGAGUAUAUUAAGACUGGUAAUCCCACCAGAAACUGCCUAGAGAGAGCUGUUGCUUGUUUGGAUGGUGCAAAAUACUGCAUUGCUCUUGCCUCUGGAAUAGCAGCGACUGCGACCAUCACACAUCUUUUAAAGCAUGGAGAUGGAAUUGUGUGCAUGAAUGAUAUAUAUGGAGGGACUAAAGAAUAUUUCAGAGAAAUAGUUACAGAAUUUGACAUUGAUGCAUCUUUUGUUGACCUCACAAAGCUGGAGGAGCUAAAAGCAGCUCUGAAACAAAAUACAAAGAUGGUUUGGUUUGAAACACCCACAAACCCUACAUUGAAGGUUGUGGACAUCCAGGCCUGUGCAGAUAUUGUCCAUAAGCACAAUAAGGACACAAUUGUUGUUGUGGACAACACUUUCAUGUCACCCUACUUCCAGCGCCCCCUUGCACUCGGAGCAGACAUCUGCAUGUGCUCCGCAACAAAAUAUAUGAAUGGACACAGCGAUGUUCUCAUGGGGUUGAUUUCUGUCAAUCGCGAGGACCUCUAUAAGAGACUGAAGGUUUUGCAGAAUGCUGUCGGUGCUGUGCCGUCUCCAUUCGACUGUUACAUGUGCAAUCGGGGUCUGAAGACGCUGCACCUGAGGAUGAAGCAGCACUUUAAGAAUGCACUGGCUGUGGCACAGUUUCUCGAGGCCGACCCGAGGGUGGACAGAGUCAUCUACCCAGGUCUUCCUUCUCACCCUCAACAUGAGCUGGCAAAGAAACAGUGCCGAGGCUGUUCUGGGAUGAUCUCUUUCUACAUCAAAGGACAACUUGAGCAUGCCUCAACCUUCCUCAGCAAUCUGAAGGUGGUUGCACUUGCUGAAAGUCUUGGUGGUAUUGAGAGUCUAGCAAAGCUUCCAGCGACUAUGCCUCAUGUUUCACUGAGUAAGGAUGAAAGGGAAAAGCUGGGCAUCAGUGAUACACUCAUUCGUCUUUCAGUGGGUCUGGAGGACGAGGAAGAUAUUAUUGCAGAUCUGGACCAAGCUCUCAGUGCUGCACAUCCAAAAAAGUAAGCGGGUGAUCAAGAACAGAAGUGACGCCACGUGCCACAAAAUAAUGUCCUCGUCUUGUCCACAUUUCUAAUUUACUUGCUACAUGACAGUUGCUUGAAUAACAUUAAUUGCAUUUGUCACAGAACAGAAAUAAUCUUUAAGAAACUCAUUUGCCAUCUUUUCCUUCAAA